AAUAACUAUAGUGAGAUCAACACUUGGAUUGGAAUAUACUUGAUGUUCACAGAUUUACAAUAGCGGACAUGCAUUUAAGAUGAAGAAAUUGACAACAAGUGUUAGUGUGUACAUGAUAUGUUGGGUUGGAUUUACCUGUUUAGCGUAUUCAAAAGUCAUUGUAAUCGAACAUGGGGAAAGCAUACAUACCUUCAAAGACGAGAUGACAGGAUUUGGACCAAGUAUUUCAGAGAAUGGCAUGAAGGGAAAACUUGUAUAUUUUGGACAAGUUUACAAUACUUCAUGCCUGGAUUAUGGACCACAGUCUCAUUUGCAGAAUAGCAUAGCAUUGAUGCGACAACACGGCUGCAAUAUUGCGAAUAUGGUCAUGUCUGCACAACGCAUGAACUACAGUGCUGUUAUUAUUAGUAAGAGGAAGAAUGCAGUUGAAAACCUAAUGAAUAUGUCAGAAACCACAGCAGCCAGUUCACAAGACAUAAACAUUCCAUCCGUUUUUGUGGAGGAUAACGUUGCUUUGUAUUUAUUGAACUUUGAAAUCGAUCAGAUGAGAAAUGCAUAUAUACAAAUCACAAGAGAAGAAGACGAAGCUAGUGCGUUUACCUGGACGGGAUAUAUUGUGGCUGGGACAUUUAUGUUUCUAUUGUUUGCUACUAUUUGUUCUUGGAACUGUUCAAAAUACUGUAGAUCAAAAACUAAUAUAAUCAGCUGUUUUGGAAAGAAGAGGAGAACUUCGAUGCCAUCGUUUUGGAAUACAUCAGAAAUACAUGAAGCCCAGUUUAAAAAGGGCUUUAAAUACAAAACAUGCCCGAUAUGUCUAGAGGAUUUCGUUAAAAAAGAAAAGUUAUGGAUUCUGCCAUGUGAACACGGGUUCCACGUUGAUUGCAUAAACCCAUGGUUAAAUGAAGGAGAGUGCAAAUGUCCAGUGUGUAAACGAAUGAUGAUUUCAAUACCGCUGUGAACCAGUUCCAUACCAAAUAUGACAGGGAAGGCUUGCGUGGUUGCUUCAAGAAAUGCACUACUCAACUUAUUAACUUAUUUUUCACAUUGAAUACAAUCAAUUUAAAAAAAGAAUUAGAUACAACGAUGACCAAAUCAAGUCGUAAAAAUAAACCUUAUUUAAUAUUUGCAAAUGAAUUUGGAGGUAUUUGGUAAUAAUUGUAUGUGACAUAGCGUUCCAAUGUUCACGUAGGAUUAUGAUCCUUUUUUUAACACGUCUUAAAAACAAUAUCUGUGUUAAAAGUUUGUAACACGAUAGUUUGACUAUGAUUGAUAUGCAUGUAUCGAGUUUGACGUACUUAAAAGAGGGACGAAAGAUACGAAAGGGACAGUCAAACUCAUAAAUCUAAAACAAACUGACAACGCCAUGGCUAAAAAUGAAACUAUUGUACUGGCACCUUUGAUAAAUACUAUUUGGUAUUUUUUUAAAUUAAAAUAUACAGUUCUAAUUGCAAAAGCUUACUUGCUUAGCUGGUUGUUCUUGGAGUCGAUAUUAAAAGGAAAAAAAAGACUUUAACCUUAAAGCGCAAUGCAAUAAAUCAUCAUAACAACAGAGUAUUCCAAAACUGAAGGAGAAACAUCUGUUUAUCUCAGGAAGAUAGUGUUUGAAGUUUACAAAUUUAAUUUCUGAAUCUGACUACAAACAUGUCAAGAAUCACAUUGCUAUUAUACUAGAGCGAAACCAUUAGACACUGUAUGUGGGAUAUUAAAGGCAACUGUAAUAUACCACUGUGUAUAGUCAUACAUCGAUUAAGAGAAAACAAAUCCAGGUAACAAACUUAAAACGGGGGAACACAUCAGCUAUAAGAGGAAUACAACGAAACAACAUCACACUGAAGUGCAACAAAAACAAAAUACAAUUCAACAAUUUUACUUAUAUAACAACUGCCAUACUUCUAUCUUGAUCCUGAUAUUGUGAGACGAAAUGGUGUGUUGAACCUGGUUUUGUUGCUAGCCAAACCUCCGCGCUGUAUGGCAAUGUAAAAUGUACCGCUAGAAUGGCAACAAUACAUGACGGUAAUACAGUACAAAUAAGUUCAAUAACACCCAGGACAGAGAAAUACA